AUGGGACUGAUCCAAUCCAGGUUCACGGGUAGGUUCACGAGCCGAAUGUCUGCCGACGCGCCGCCCUCCCCACGAACGAGCGAAUCGUCUGACUCUGAGGUCGACGAAAGAUUCUUCGUUCGCCUUGAUAAAGACAUCAAAACGAUCGCAGAAUUCUACACGAAUAACAUCUUGAAGCCGGCACCACCAGCAAAAGUUCGUCGCAAACCCGACCCUACUCUCUUGGAGCGCGUAUCGCUGUACCAAGGGGAUAUCACCAAGGUGGAUAUAGACGCCAUUGUCAAUGCAGCGAACCGCAGUCUUCUAGGUGGUGGAGGUGUCGAUGGUGCCAUCCAUGCAGCGGCUGGUCCUAAGCUCUACGACGAAUGUCGCAAACUAAACGGAUGCUCGACUGGAGAAUCAAAGAUCACGAAGGGCUAUAAUCUGCCGGCGCGCCACGUUAUCCACACAGUUGGACCCGUGUACUCCACGAGAGACAAGGAAGAAAAGGCCGAGCAGCUGGCUUCAUGCUACAAGACGAGUUUGCAGUUGGCGGUGGAGAACGCCAUUAGGCAUGUUGCUUUCCCAUCGAUCUCUACCGGCAUCUACUCGUAUCCGAUUGUUGAUGCAACUAGAAUCGCGCUGGACACGGUGAGAACCUUCAUCGAGUCGGAAGGGGGUGCCAAGAUCGAGAGGGUCAUUUUUGUAGUCUGGAGCAACAAAGACAAGGAGGUGUAUGAGUCACUCAUCCCCGAGUAUUUCCCUCCAGGGGAGAAGCCGCAGGAAGUUGAGCCAACAGCAGCUGAACAAGAGUAG